AUGUUGUUCUUCUCCUACUUCAAGGAGCUCGUGGGGAAGGAGGUGACAGUGGAGCUCAAGAACGACCUGGCGAUCCGCGGGACGCUCCACUCGGUUGACCAGUACCUCAACAUCAAGCUGGAGAACACCCGCGUUGUUGACCAGGACAAAUAUCCCCACAUGAUAAAGGCCAGAAGGGAUGUGUUACUGGCAUUCUUGCGGCAGACCUUACAAUAA